AUGGCAGUGGCAGUGGCAGUUCUUCUGGCUGGCACCGACGGCACCGUAGCGGCAAGUCAGGGAAGUGCUGUUAGUGUUCGACUUUGGGGUCAAUCCUGGGUGGCUGCACUGGCUUGGGAUCCUGGAUCUUGGGAACGAGACGGUGCCAAACCUUGUGUAGUGGUGGAUUGUGGUGGUGCAGUGCAGUGCAGUGCACUGGAGGUGGUCUUGGUCUUGGUCGUGCCUGGUCUUAAACUCGAAGCGCCAGCUCGCCUAAAGACCUCGAGUAGGGAGGAGGAAGACGAUCUGACUCGCCACAAUGAUGUUGUUGGUGUUGGUGGUGGUGAGGAUGAUGCUGCUGCUACUGCUGGUGAUGUGAUGUGA